AUGGACGAGAUCCAGAGCGCGGCGUCGAAGUACGGCAGCCUGGUGCGCCCGGGCGGCUGCGCGCUCUCGGCGCCGUUCGCGCACCGCGCGGUGUCAGCGAUGCACCGGAGGCUCAGGGCGCGGAUCACUGGCGAGAUCGCGGCGGCCACGCGGAGAGGUGAUCAGCCGUCGUCGUCGAUGUCGCUGUCGGUGGCCAACAGGGAGCGCAGCUGGGAGUCGGCCUUCAUCCAGAAGCACUGGGCGCUGCGGCAGCUCAGGCGCGGCGACCAGCAGUCGUGGCGGCCGCAGCGCGGCCUACCGGAGAAGUCCGUGGCCGUGCUCAAAGCCUGGAUGUUCGAGAACUUCCUCCGCCCGUACCCGAAAGACAACGAGAAGGAGAUGUUAGCAGCGAGGAGCGGCCUGAGCAGGAGCCAGGUCUCCAACUGGUUCAUCAACGCCCGCGUUCGGCUGUGGAAGCCGAUGAUAGAGAGGAGAUGUACGAGGAUCUCAAGAAGGCCUCCGGAGGAAUGGAGGUGUGUGACUGCCUGA